AUGCUAAGGUCAAAUGUGGGUGCCGCUCUUCGCAGCCUCACCAGAAAUGCUUCUACCAAAGCUUACAACUCCUCAAAAGUGUUGAGGAAGUAUCCUAUUGGACAAGAGAUUCAUGGAUUUGAAAUUAAAAGAACUCUUGCAGUCCCUGAGUUUGCCUUUACAGCAGUGAAUUUGGAACAUAAGCGUUCAGGACUUGAAUAUCUUCAUAUUGAUAGAAACGACAAGAACAAUGUGUUUUCUAUUUGUUUUAAAACUAAUCCUACAGAUUCUACUGGGUUGCCCCACAUUUUGGAGCACACCACCUUGUGCGGGUCAGAAAAAUAUCCAGUGAGAGAUCCUUUCUUCAAAAUGUUGAAUCGUUCAUUAUCCAAUUUCAUGAAUGCUAUGACCGGUCAUGAUUACACUUUCUAUCCGUUUUCAACCACCAACAACAAAGAUUUUGAAAAUUUGAGAGACAUUUAUUUCGAUGCUUGUUUCAAUCCUCUCUUAUCGAGUCAGGAUUUCCACCAAGAAGGCUGGAGACUUGAAAAUGAGGACCCAAAUAAUAAAGAAACACCAAUCACAUUCAAAGGGGUGGUUUACAAUGAAAUGAAGGGUCAAUUUUCAAAUGCUUCAUAUUUGUUCUACAUCAACUUUUUAAACAAGAUUUACCCAAGCUUGCAUAUUUCGGGUGGCGAUCCUCAAGCAAUCACCAAUUUAAGCUAUGAAGACCUAGUGGAUUUCCAUGCCUCAAGAUAUCAUCCUUCUAAUGCCAAAAUCUUUUCUUAUGGUGAUCUACCAUUGAGCGAAAAUUUGGAAUUUCUUAAUAAGAAUUUGGGUCAUUUUGGUAAGCGUGCCAAGAAGCAAAGUAGACUGGAUAUUAAAGAACCAAUUGAUUUAUCCAAAUCCCAAGAAGUGUUUGUCGAAGGUCCGGUUGAUCCAACUUUAUCCGAAGAUAAACAAUAUAAGGCCUCAAUGACUUGGUUUGUUGGUAAGCCUGAGGAUGUUUAUGAGACUUUCGUGUUGAAGUUGCUCAGUAGUUUACUUUUGGACGGUCACGCCUCUCCAUUUUUCAAGAAAUUGAUUGAGAGUGGGAUCGGAAAUGACUAUGCUGUUACUUCUGGUGCUGAAUCCAUUACUGAUUUGAAUAGUUUCACUGUGGGGCUUCAAGGGUUGUCAAAGGAAGAUAUUCCAAAAUUUGAAAAAAUCGUCAAUGAAGUUAUGGAAGAGUGUGCCAUUACUGGAUUUGAAGAUCAAAAAGUGGAGGCCAUGCUUAAACAAAUUGAAUUAGGAAAAAAAGAUAAAAAAUCUGACUUUGGUUUGAAUUUACUUUAUUCAAUUGUCCCUGGGUGGGUGAAUCGUGUGGAUCCUUUUGAUUCCUUAGCGUUCGAUGAUGUCGUCAACGACUUCAAGAUCAAUUAUGCCGCUGCCAAGGGACAAUUCUUCCAAAAUGUCAUCAAGGAAAAGUUUUUGGGAAAGCCUGUUUUCAAGUUUGUGAUGAAACCUGAUGCCAAUUACGAAAAGAAAGUCAUUGAUGAAGAAGCCACAAGAUUAUCCAAGAAACUUGAAACUUUGAAUGAAGAGGAUAAGGAGGUUAUUUAUGAUCGUGGAUUGAAACUAUUAGAACAACAAACUAAGGAAGAGGAUUUGUCAUGCUUACCAACCCUUAGUGUAGAUAAAGAUAUUCCAAGAGAUGGUGAAGUUACUCCAGUUGAUAUUGCUGAUAACUUAAAUUACAAGCUCUUGAAAAGAAUCACCGAUACCAAUGGUCUUUUGUAUUUCCGUGCUCAAAAGAGUUUAGAAAAUGCGGUACCAUCAAGAUUGGUUCCAUAUUUGCCAUUGUUCUGUGAAGCGCUUAUGAAUGUCGGUACUAAGAAUAAAACCAUGGACCAAUUAGAAGACGAAAUCAAGUUGUACACUGGUGGCUUGAGCUCGUCAGUGUACGUGAAACCUUCAAUCACUGAUAACUUGAAACCAAAAUUAUUUUGGGAACUCCGUGGUGUUGCAUUGAAUUCGGAAGUUGGUAGAGUUUAUGACCUUUGGACAGAAAUUUUGAACGAGGUUGAUUUUACCAACACCGAGAAAUUGAAAACCUUGAUCAAAUCUUUGAACGCCAAUAGUGUGAGUGACAUUGCCAGUUCAGGCCAUUCUUACGCUAGAUCAUUUGCUAGUGCCGGCUUGUCGCCAGUUAAAGAGUUUGGAGAAUAUCUUAGCGGUGUGAGUCAAAUCAAAUUUAUCAAUAAAUUGAAUGCGAUUGUCGAUGAUGAAGAGAAAUUGAGAUAUGAAAUUGUUUCUAAAUUGGAGGAAAUUAAGGAAAUCUUGAUCAAUAAAGAUAACUUCAAAUUCGGGUUGAUUGGUGAUAGUGAAACCGUUGAAUCCAACCAAUCCUUAAUUGAAAAAUUCUUGAGUGAUCUCCCACAAAGUAACGUUGAUAAAAGUACCAUCGAUUAUGAAUCACCAACAUACUUUAAUGAAUUAAGAUCUGAAUUCUUUGGUAUUACUGGCGCUAAACCAACGCUUCUUAGUCUCCCAUACCAAGUUUCAUACGCGUCAUUGGGUCUUUUAGGUACUACAUUUUUGAAGGAGGACAGUGCUUCUUUACAAAUCCUUUCUCAAUUAUUGACCUUUAAAUACCUACACAAAGAAGUUCGUGAAAAGGGUGGUGCCUACGGAGGUGGAGUUAGAUAUGGAGGGGUCGAUGGGUUAUUUGGAUACUACUCCUAUCGUGAUCCAAACCCACUCAGGAGUAUUGAAUAUUUCAAGAAAUCUGCUGAUUUUGCCCUUGACAAUGCUUGGACUGCCGAAAAUUUGAAUGAGGCUAAAUUGACAAUCUUCCAAAGUAUCGAUGCGCCAAUGGAUGCUAAAUCGGAAGGGAUGAUGUUGUUCCGUGACGGAAUCACUGACCCAAUGAGACAAGAGAGAAGAGAAAACUUGUUAGAUGUUAACAUUGAGGAUAUUAAGAAUGUGACUGAAAAGUAUCUUAUAAAUGGUAUCAAGGAUAGUAAGAGUCAUAGAGUGGCGGUGAUUGGUCCAAGAUUGGAAGAAUAUGAUGAAAGCAAAUGGGAGAUUAUUGAUUUCAGCUCUUGA